UUCUGAUACGUAUCAUAUGAGUUUCAUUCUUGAGGGAGCUGCCUAUUCGAGAGAUUCUCAACUGUACUCUUGUUUUCUUGGCGCGUAAAGGGAUUUUGGCGUUUUUGUGGGUCAUGAUACAAUCUGGUUGAACGCAAAAGACCGAGGUUUCAGCGAUCGAGCAACAACCACUGAGGAUUUUUCUUAACCAAGAAGCAAAAAAGAAAAGCGCUAAGAAAAAUGACUGCCGAGGUCCAGCAGCCCUCUGUUCAACCGCCUUCCCAAAGCAGCCCGAUGUCCGCGCCCGAGAAAGCACACGCACAGUCAGCGCCCAUGGACACGGCCUCCUCCACAACCAAAGCCAAGAAGACAAACGCCGGCAUACGGCGUCCCGAAAAGCCGCCCUACUCUUACAUCGCGCUUAUUGUGAUGGCCAUCCAGAGCUCUCCAACCAAGCGUCUUACGCUCAGCGAAAUCUACCAGUUCCUCCAGAGUCGCUUUCCGUUCUUCCGCGGCUCAUAUCAAGGCUGGAAAAAUUCCGUGCGCCACAACUUAUCCUUGAACGAGUGCUUCAUCAAGCUGCCAAAAGGACUCGGGCGACCAGGGAAGGGCCACUACUGGACCAUCGAUCCGGCUAGCGAGUUCAUGUUCGAGGAGGGCUCUUUUCGGCGGAGACCGCGCGGAUUCAGGCGCAAAUGUCAGGCGCUUAAGCCUUCCAUGUACAGCAUGAUGAACGGUCUCGGGUUUAACCACAUACCCGAAUCUUAUAACUUCCAAGGUAGCGGCGGAGGCCUGUCUUGUCCACCUAAUAGUUUAUCCUUAGAGAGCGGAAUUGGGAUGAUGAACGGACAUUUGGCCGGCAACAUGGAAGGAAUGGGCCUGGCGGGACACUCCAUGUCCCAUCUGUCAGCCAACAGUGCACAUUCCUACAUGGGUAACUGUACGGGAUCCUCAGGGAGCGAGUAUCCCCAUCAUGACAACUCGGCCUCGCCACUGCUGUCCGGUGGAGGAGUCAUGGAGCAUCCCGUUUACUCCAGCACCACUUCGGCGUGGGCACCAGCACCGUCGGCUACUCUUAAUAACGGAGCUUCUUACAUUAAACAGCAGCCGCUGUCUCCGUGCAACCCAGGGGCAAAUCCUUUACAGCCCAGCUUACCUACACACUCUUUGGACCAGUCAUAUCUGCACCAGAAUGGGCAUAGUACGACGGACCUGCAAGGUAUUCCCCGGUACCAUUCCCAGUCUCCCAGCAUGUGCGACAGGAAAGAGUUCGUCUUUUCCUUCAACGCUAUGACAUCUUCCUCCAUGCAUUCACCUGGAAGUGGCUCUUAUUACCAUCAUCAACAAGUUGCUUAUCAGGACAUCAAACCCUGCGUGAUGUGACAGCACUGUUAAUAAAAACAUGACUGAUUCAACACUGAUGAAGCCCCUGAACCCCUGUGUGGGGUGAGGGGGGAAACUCGGGCCCGACAGGAGCACAGUAUGGAUUCGCUGGAACGGCGCUCAACAACGUAAAAAAAUUUGUAACUCGAUGAAAGCAGCGAUGGCCUCAAACUCGGUACAAGAACAUGAACAGGAGUCAAGCCGGGUACCUUAACCGUGGCGGGUGCCCACCCGUUAAAAGCUUUCGAGGUGAUGUGUGCCAAAUAUAUUAAAGCUAUUUCCAAAUUAAAUUGUGCUUAAAGACACGCAAAUUCAGACAAACUAUUGCGCAUCUCAAUGCCAACAAAGCCGCUUGGUACUAACUCUGCUGGCGGAUGGAUACCACUUGAGAGUAGAUUUGACUGUCCGCGACGUCGUUACAGCAAACCAGGAUAAAGUGUUUUUCAGUGAAAUUAUAAUGUUUUAUAUAUAUUAUUUUAUUCAGGAAAAGCUGUUCGAUAUCUGAUCAUAGUCAAUUUAGAAAAUUCUGUUUAAUUAGUGCGAAUCCAUUAGACUACCAUUAGGAAAACGAAGGCACUUUUAAACGUUAAAAAGCGCAUCUUAUUUAUUCUGUCUAUAUUUGAUUUUUUUUUAUUAUAACCAUAGUAUUGAACGCUUUAUUGGCAAUAUUUGCCUGGACGCUGUCUUAUUCAGUGUAAACAGAAAAUGAAGGUCGGAUGUAAGCACUGUUCUUUUGUUUGUUUGGUGUUUUAUUAAUGUUUUGUAUAUCCGUAUGAACACGAGUAAUUUUCUAGCACUGUAAAAUGUAUAUGUGUAGGUAAUAUCUUUUGGUAGAAAUCUUUUCUUAUGUUCGUGUCUUUAGACAUGAAGUCAUCUACGCACGAUUUGUAUGAAGUUGUAUAAAACCCGUAAUG